AGGCCCGUGGCCUCAUCAGUGCGCCGGGCCCGCAGCAGCGUGCGGCGGCCGGAGAGAUGUCGCUGCCGCGGUCACUGCGUCUCUGUCUGGUCGCGCGGACCGGGAGCUGCCCGGUGAGGGGUCUUGGCCCCCGCACCGACCUGCUUUCCUUGCAGGUCUCCCGGGCGGGGCCCCUUCCGCUUCAGUCGCCUCAGCCAUGGCACACCUUUCACGCGGGGCACGGGCUGUCCUCGGCCUCCAGCAAGGAGCUCCUCGUGAAGUUGCGGCGAAAAACGGGCUAUUCUUUUGUGAACUGCAAGAAAGCUCUGGAGACUUGUGGCGGGGACCUCAAACAGGCGGAGAGCUGGCUUCAUGAGAAGGCCCAGAAGGAGGGCUGGAGCAAAGCUGCCAAGCUCCAUGGGAGGAAGACAAAAGAAGGUCUGAUUGGGCUGCUGCAGGAAGGGAACUCCACGGUGUUAGUUGAGGUAAACUGUGAGACAGAUUUUGUUGCAAGAAAUCUAAAAUUUCAACAAUUGGUCCAGCAAGUAGCCCUUGGAACCAUGUUGCAUUGUCAGAGCCUAAAGGACCAAGUUUCCACUUACAGUAAAGGCUUCUUGAAUUCCUCUGAGCUCUCUGAACUUCCCUUUGGGCCUGAGAGGAAAGGCUCUCUCAAGGACCAGCUGGCCUUAGCAAUUGGGAAACUGGGAGAAAACAUGACUCUUAAACGAGCUGCAUGGGUGAAGGUGCCAAAUGGGUUCUAUGUUGGCUCUUAUGUCCAUGGAACAAUGCACAGUCCCUCACUCCACAACCUGGUGCUGGGGAAGUACGGGGCCCUGGUCAUCUGCGAGAUAUCUGAGUGGAAAGCAAACCUUGAAGAACUUGGCCGCCGCCUUGGGCAGCAUGUGGUAGGCAUGGCCCCUCUCUCUGUUGGCUCCCUGGACGAUGAGCCUGGGGGAGAGACAGAAACUAAGAUGCUGUCGCAGCCAUACUUGCUGGAUCCGUCUAUCACAUUGGGACAGUAUGUGCAGCCCCAGGGAGUGUCUGUGGUAGACUUUGUGCGGUUUGAAUGUGGAGAAGAGGGGGAGGCGGCAGAGGCUGAAUAGGUUCCAGAGACUUUAGGCCCAGGAGGAAACAUUUGUUCUUAGUUCUGGGCUUUAUUACAAAAAGCAGUUAUUUCCUAAGCCUCAUCAAACCCAGGAUUUGUUUUUCUUUUGAGUUUAUAAUGAAAUUAUACAUCAUGAAUAAAGUUAUUAAAUAAAAUUGUUACAUAAUAAAGAGAGUAGAAUCUUUUCCUUGUUUGCAUAAUGCUGGGUUCAGCUUUUGUGUGUCUUAGUAAACAACAGUGGGCCUUAUUGAAGUGACUGACAGUCUCUGGGAAAAGAGUCAUCCACAUGUUCCCUUCUUCAUAGAUUUAUAAUGGUGUCCCUAACACUUCUAACUCAUUCUAUCUUACUUCUUCUGUGACAUGGAAGCCUCUUGUGAUGCUUUGGACUACGCCUCCAUCCCGGAACUUCCCAGUUACAUUGCUCCUGCCACAUGGGUUCUUUUGGAAUUGUUGACUCAAACCUAGAGUUGUCUGGAAAUGUGGUUCAUUUGUUGAUGUCUGUAGUGUGCUUUGAAGGCUCUCUGUGGUGGUAUUCACACUGGUUCUGGCCUCAUUACUGAAAUUAAUAACACAUGACCCUAGUUUUCUCUUGGAUAAUGGGGUUUCCUGGACAGCUGUAAGGCAGAUUUUGGCAUUCUUGUGCCCAAAACAGCAAUUACAGUGGUCCAGUGAUCUAGGGAGCUCACCCAACAGUGCCUCUUUACUCUCCUCGUUCUGAGACACUUCUCCCAGCAGUACG